AUGGGCCUAGCGGUCGCAACGUCGGUGCCAACGAAGACUCUCCGAUCCGAUGCAGUGGAAGAGAUGGCCCCCGCUCUUACGGAGCCAUUGAGCCAAAGCAAACUGUCCUCCUCGGCGGCAUCGGGCGCCUCGCCCCGGACGAGCAGCAGCACCACAACGACCACCACCAUCGAUACCACCAUCGCUUCGUCGGAUGCUGCCGUUGCCUACGAAGAGGAACGGACCACACAGUCCUCGGACCAACAACCGCAACUGGCAGCGCUCGAUGGUGGUGGUGGUGGUCUUGGACCCGUAGAACAUCACGCCAUUGUCACCUCCCUCGAGACCCAAGCGACCUCCUCCUUUACAGAAGCGCAGGAAACGGCCACCACCAGUAAUGAGCAGCCCAUCACCGGACCCAGUCUCGUGAGCACCACGGUUGAUGACAUACAGAAUAACAACAGCACCAACAAUGGUGAACACCAAGCGCUGAAGAUCCUUCCCGAAACUAGCCGCGAUCUGAUCGAGUUAGCACUGGAGCAGCUCCACCAGGAUGCCACUAUCGGGGUCGGUGGUGGCAUGCCGGGCUUGGGAAACUGCACGGUGACUAAUGCUGCGACUACAACUGGUGGUGUGCCGACGACAACUAACAUCACCACCACCACCAGCACCAGCAUACCGACGAAUAUUUUGCAGCUACCGGUGUCGGACCAGCAGCCACAGCAACUGCAGCAGGAAAUAAUGAACGUUCCGGCACAGGAGCUGUCCCAGUCAUCGAUCGGGACCACCACCGGUAGCGAGACAGGCGGGCUGCAGAAGGACUACCUCAAGGAAAACGCCGAAAUGGACCAAAUGAUCCACGAUCUGUCAACGGCCGACAUCGACUUGCUGCAGGUGCUGAAGAGCUUCGACACGAGCGGUCUUCUGCUGUUCAGCGACGUCGAUGUAGCGAACCUGUGCGACGGUCCCGACGGCAGUGGCCAAUCCGCUGCCUCGCCGAACAAGGAUCGUGAGCGGCUCGAGCUGCGGGCGGACAUCAUUAAGCGACAGACGCAGAUGCAGCGUAAGUGCGAUUUUCUCAUCCGCCGGCUGAGCAAACUGUGCGCUCGGUACAUGGGCCAGCACAUCAGCGAGGAAGUGGCCGGAACGUUCGAGUACGCCCAGCGCUACUGGAAGAAGCGAGAAAAGGAAUACGCGAAAGGUCAGCUGCACAGUGCGGCUGCUGGCCCUACCACGUCGAGCCAUGCCACGGCAACCGGUGGUGGUGACGGUGGUCAGCAGCAGUGGCCCGAGAUCAUACCGUACCAGGCGCCACCGCCGCUGGUGGAGCAGCAGCCGGAAAAACUGAAACCAAUCUCGGCCAAUGCGCUCAAAACGUUCACCAAGCGGCUGGAGGGAAUCUCGAGCACGAUCUGCUCAGCGCAAAGCAAGCGCGUGCUCCACACUCGCUACUUUCACGGCGUAAACAACGCCUCCGGGGAGAUGGUUGGCCGCGGAACUGCGGUCGGAGCCGGUGCCGGGGUCGGAGAACGUCCACCGAGUUACGCGAACAUUUCCAACACGAUUCCACUGUUUGAGAAGGGUUCGGCCCUGGAAAUGGAGCAGACGGCGGGCCUGCUGCACGCCGGCUUACGCCAGGUGCAGAUGACCCUCGACUCCGAUGCAACGCUCAGCAGUUCCGGUGGUGACUCGGCCGACGAAUCGGUACCAUACAGCAACAUGUCACAGCAGACACUUCCGAUCCGGAAACGUGCUUUAUGGAAAUGGUCGAAAGAUCGCGCAGCCGUGGCAAGCCGUUGGACCUGGCUUGUGGCCCGUGUCGCUGAUCUGGAGUACCGCAUUCGGCAGCACAAUGAGUGGUUGAUGAAAAUUCGCUUCAACAAGGGCCCCGUCACGCUGGAAGAGUUUGCCAUGGGCCAAGACAGCAGCGGCAUCGGUGGUGAUGACGGUGGUGCCCAGCAGCCGCAAUCGAUAAACGGCUACCGUGGUCUGCUUCCCGGCAGUAGCAAACCACUGAACAGCGAGCUCGGUGCGACGGACGAGGAGGAAGCCAUCCCGAGCUGUUCACGCACCCGGCCCUACAACCGCUCAAAGUUCCGCAAACGGAAACUGAUGCAGACACCGAAUCUGCACAUUAUCUCGAAGCGAGCGGCACGGCCAAGCAACAUCAAGUGCGGUUGUCAGUGGCCACUACAACCGUGUGCCCUCUGUACGGGACGACCUGAUCCGACUGCACCACGCGAUCCGCCCACCACGAUGCCAUUCGCCGAACGGGUGGCCUUGCUUGACUCCUCGUACCAUCCUGUGCUAAGUUUCCCCGGAGAAAUUUCACAUUCGAUACACCUGGAAGCGAUCAUGCGGCUACCGGAGAUGCAGAACCGUAUGAUACGCGGCACGACCGCUUCGACCAAAGCUUCUGCUGCCGGCACCUCGUCGGCGACGGGGGCACCGUUCCUUUCUUCCGGCGACGAGGGCGAACUGUCGUCGCACGGCAAACGCUACAUCGGUUCGGAUGGGAAACGGAAGCACGUGAGCAGCAACAAGUACAAGAACAACGAACGCUCCUCCUUGCCCGAUGGCAACAAUAGAUCGAAGAAAUCCAAGUCCCGGCGGGAUGUGAUACAACCGAAUAGCCGCAAGUCGUCGUGCUGCCACCACCACGCAACGGGCGACUGUGGCUCACGGUCCGGCAACGGUGCCAGCGGUGGCCCGAAUGGUCACCAAAACAACAAACAGCGAUCGAGCAAAUCGCGAAAAUCGUCCCACUGCUUAGAGUGCACCGAGGGACAGCUCCCGGAUGGGGCCGCCAGUACCAGCCGUAGCAAGAACUCAUCGCCAACACCAAAUCAUCAUCGUAACGAAAGGCGGAAUCGCACUUCGUACGACAUCGACAAUAUUGUUAUUCCGCACAGCAUGGCGGCCACUAGCAGGGUGUCGUUGCCGCAGUACAAGGACAUAGCGAUACCAAAAUGGCGCAUCGUGCAAGAUGAGGAAGAUGCAGCGACCGAACAGAUCGAAGCUGAGGGAACAGCGAUGCAGAUCGGUUCACCGCCGAGGGCCCACCCUCGGGGUUCGGUGUCACCCUCGUCAACGACCACCGUGACGGCUAGCGAAACCGGCGGUGCGACGUUGACCAGUGGCGACGAGCUGCUGGUGGACAUCAAACCGGUUAAAGUUGAGCCAACUCAUCAACAGCCACCAAACGGUACGAAGCCGACGGGUGCCGCCGGUGCGUCGUCCUCCAUGAUGCUACCUUUCGUCGUCAAGAAGGAAGAUUACGGCGACACGUCGCUAGCGGGACCGAGCUGCGUCGAAAGUCAGCAGCAGCAGCUGAUCGUGAUGCCGGCACAGGACGAGGAGGACAUUUCCGAGGAGGCCAUCCACUUGAAGCACGACCGAGCGCUACAAGAGGAGCGCAAAAAGUUCCAAACGUUCCUCAAAUUCCCGUGGAGUCGGCCGCGUGCCAAUCGGCGCACGGAGAGCCGAGCUGGCUCCCAAAGUGGCCCCAACACUCCCGAUCCCACGUCCCCGGCACCACCGACUCCGAUGGUGGAGCACGAUUCGUCGCCGACAUGCCCGUCAACACCCCUUACGCCUCAGGAUGGGCAAGUUCUCUCUGAGGCAAACGUUAUCAACGCUUUCAACAACAGUCUCAGCAAAAAGGAACGGCGUAGAACGGUGUCUUCGAAGCGCGAGGAGCAACAGCAAGCCCACACCGGAGGUGGCAACACCCCGCCAGACACGCGUGAGCUCGUGUCACCGUACGAAUCGCUGCAGUUCCCGUUGACGGACGAUAUCUACGAUGAAAUGCUAAAAUCGAUGCCGAGCGAUCACAUCGCACUGGUCGAGGAGUGUAUCGGCAAGCUGACGGGGCGCGAUGGUCUGCCACUGCGCCGACCACGCCAUCCGAACAACAAUGUGCUGCUCGUGCUGAAAUCCAGCAUCGAUUUGGCCCCGGCUAGCCUCGGGUUGGGCAGCCAAAAUCCGUUCAGCUCGAACGCUUCCUGCACCUCGACCACGAUGUCGGCCGUCGAAACCGACCUUGACGAUUUCGACGACGAAGACCUGAUGCUGGCCAAGCGCACCGAAAACCAGCGCAUCAUGGAGCGCCUGCUGAACAGUCGCGACGCAUCGCAACGCUACGAAAUCGUGCCACCGACGGAGAAACCGAUGCUUGACGAUGACGAUCCGCUGGACGACGAAGAAACGGACACGGGGGAGUCACUGUUCGUUGAAGAGGACGAUCCGAACGACCCGGAGUGGUACGAUCGUCCCCGAGCCCCGAAUCGUAGUAUCGGAUCCGUGCCCGGCAGCGGCAGGCUCUAGACAUCGGCAGCUUUCGUCCGUUGCCCUUACGAGCGAUUAAUUUGCUUUGUUACAUUUGACGGAGACAUAGAAAGGAUUGGGUGAAAACGCAACGCUUAGGUUAUGGUUCUUUUUCGCUCCUGCAUGAGAGAUUUGUUUUUUUUAUGGAAUUCGGUUACUUUGAUUAGUCUCUAACCCCAUUAGUUUCAAAAAUAUCCGGCGUCAAAAUGAUUAGAGGCACAGCAAUGCUGACCUGAACAGGGACUGGCAAUAGGAAAACUGGGAGAGAAAGAAAAAAAAAUCGAAAAAAAACAGAAGCCAUAAUCCAAAAGAUAGCUUUACCUAACGGACUUUUGCGGUGUGUUGCGGUGCAUGGAAGUCGCCACGUUGCGGACAAAUUGAAACCCGAUCCAUUGCCUAUUGUACCAUAGGGGCUCGGUACCAAUUUGCCAUUAUCUCACUAUAAAUAGACACACACACGAGCGCGAGGUGAAGAUGUUUAACGUUUUAAUUGGAAGCCACUCACCCAUCGAUCCCCGCCAGCAACAAUCGGCCUACACUUACGUCUAAACGUCGUUCAUAAAAAAUGACAAAUUUAAUGCGUUUACGAAAAAAUAUGAUAUGUUUACCAGUUUAUUUUUAGAGAAGAGCGCACGAUGGCUCCUUUUGCACGAGGUGAACCAAAAACACGACUUACCACGACAAGAAUCGAACCACGUUGUGCCUGUCGUACUACGCGCAGAGAACCGUAUGUGUUUUGGUGAGCACAAGCACAGGGCACUUUGUUCUUCACACGCGUGCCCAGAGUGCGCUGGAUGCUAUUUGGAGAGUGUUUUCUUCUUUCUUUCUACUUAACGUAGGAACCCUUUGGCGGUUUAUAGGUUUGUCUUAUGCGAUAAGUUGUCACGCUCCAGGUUAAGGUUGCUGUGUAAACUAUAACUUUUAGUUGUCGGUUGGAAAGUUUGAUUAGCCGUGCGUACUGUCGUCGAUAGGUCGAGCGUUAAAAAAAUGUGUAGCUAGCCCCAGCCGAGCCCGUUGAGUUAUUAAACUAGGGGACCUGUAACAUGUAGUGCAUUUAUGUUUCCUUUUCCUUUUUCCCCCACCUAUUCGUGCGCGCUUAUUUUAUGCAUCGUAUGCAGAAUUUGUAUUUUUCAGUAGACCAACACUAACACUUGUUCAUUCUAUUGGCCACUCUGUGUUGGUAGCUGCUUCCUGCAUUUGAUUACCAACCAUCGGAGACGCACCAUAGGCUCUCCAAAGCAGAUUCGUAGUUUUAAGUUACGGUUGGCAAGAUGUCAUAAAUUACCCAGCAUAUCUCCGUAGUGUUCUUCGCUUUCCGAGUUUAAAUUGUUCAGUGAUCUCCAGAGAUGAGGGAAGUUGUCGCAACAAUCUGAACAAUUGGACCACCCUUUGUUGUUGCUCUGAACCGCUCCACCAAGAUAAACCAACCAUAGCUCCCCGUGAACGUGCUUCGUUAAAACCAUACAUAUUAUUUUACUAGUUUGAUCUGUAAGAGUCCCCAUUCGCCAUCAUUUCGAUACGUUUGAUUGAGCCCGCUGGUCCUUUGUAAAGAUAGCAAUAUUUCGUUCAUUGUACGUAUUCUUUGUGUGUAUAACACAUCAAACGGAGACAGGAAACAGCGGGAGGGUUUGUUUUAUUUGUUUUUCUAAAAAUUUCGAUACGCUUUAGCUUGUUUAGGAAAAACGUAUUUUUUGUUUCGUUUUCAAACAGAAUUACACAGACAACAACAGGUUAGGGAGCACGUGUCAUCGAGAGGCCCUUGCUGUACUACCCUUUCACCUGCACCAGAGGGCAAUGAUAAGAGAAAUGGUAGCAGAAAAAGUUAUGCUUAUCGUUGAUUGACCUCUCCUCCGCCUGAUUGAGCGGGGACCGUGCGUAAAGGUUCGUCUUAGUUCGGCACGCAGCCGCUAGUUUCAGUCGAAAUAUUUUUUUCCCAAACGUAGCGACUGGAAGCCAUAGGGCGCGAGCCUAGCGUAGCAGAAGCAAGCAAGUAAGUACACAAACGUAUGAAUUUAAACACAGCAUGUAAUACAAAAACGAGCGCAAGCAGAGCGCGUGGCAGAGUGUGCAAAAAGUUAUGAUUAUAUAUUAGUGCGUAACUACACCACAAGAGUUCGAGAACAACUCUUCCAGAAACUACACUGGAAACAUCGUACACAUACACAUGCAAAAGCCGACAGAGGAAUCUUCUGUGCCGUGUAUAUUUAGCGUAAGCCUAGUUGUUAAAAAACAUCGGGAGGAGGGACAGGCGAAUAGUUUGUUGCAAAGGCAUGCGUUGAUGUAGCUUGAAAUAUGUACUGGACUGCGGCAGAAUAUAGUUUCGUAACGUACACAUUAACGGAAUGAAAACAAAAAAAUUGAUGAAUUAAAGAGCUGGAU